CUGUAGUCUAGCUUUAUCAGGGAUGGGCAGACAGGGCGUUGCUUGUUUGUGUAUAGGGACAGUCAGAGGCCAUCUGAGGGGCAGAGGGAGCCCUUGGCUUUGAGACUCUGGUCAUCGGACUAGAAUAUGAACUUUUUGCAGUCCCAUGUCUUGAGAUCUUCCUGGCACUCUUGCCCGAUGUCAGGUCGCCCUCCCAUGUUCCCAGCUAGGAGGCUCCAGUUCUGCUGCUGAAGGACAGAUCCCCCAUCCCUAAGGUGAGAUCAUCGUAAAGGACAAAAUGGGACAAUGGUUAGCUGACACUUAGGAGCCUCAAAUCCAAGUGAUGAGUGUGGUGAGCGGGUUCUGUCUGAGACUCUUACUUAAUAUCACAGUAUUAUUAAUAUUCCUUCAGGUUUGUGUUGAACGCUGGAGCUGUUAAAGGAACAUGUGGAGCUGUGGAAAACGUGUGUAAAGCCACACUCACAGAAGAUGUCAGGUGGGCCAUGUGCCUCAGCCCCAGUUCCCAGGUUUCUCAGCUCAAACUCCUCAGCCCUCUUCUGGUGUCUGUCCUAGUUCAUAUGGAGAGAUUAAGUCCCUCUGGUUCCUGGCUUGUUGGCUGCCUCUUCACGAUAGCCAUCUUCCAGCUGCCUGCUCAGGGGUCAGGGAGUGCUGACAAGUUCUACAUGGCCCCUCUUGGGAGCACAGCCAACUUGUCCUGCCCUCUCCGGCUCUGGCCUAAUAUGGCGAUCAGCCAGAUGAGGUGGCAUCGGCCCACACACCCGCCUCACCCCCAGGCUGUCCACAUGUUCCAAGAUGGGCAGAACAGUACUGAAGACCUGAUGCCAGAAUAUAAGGGCAGGACGGCACUAGUGAGGGAUGCUCACAAGGGAAGCUACAUCCUGCAAAUCAGUAAUGUGAGGUUCGAGGACCGAGGGCUGUACCAGUGUCAGGUCUGGGUUGGAAACUCAAGUCAAGAGGACAACGUGACCCUGCAGGUGGCAGUUUUAGGUUCUGACCCCUACAUCCAUGUGAAGGGCUAUGAUGCUGGGUGGAUGGAGCUGGUGUGCCAAUCAAUGGGAUGGUUCCCAGAGCCACGGACUGAGUGGAGAGACCCUACCGGUAAAGCGUUGCUCUCCCUUUCGGAAACCCACACCCUGGAUGAAGCUGGGCUGUUCCGAACAGCAGUGUCCAGCAGAAUCAGGGGCAACGCUCUGGGAAAUGUGUCCUGCACCAUCCGUAAUAAGGUCCUUGGCCAAGAGAAGACUACAGCCAUGCUGAUUACAGCCCCAGAUCCAGGAAGUCUGUCCUCUCCAGCAGUGGCUCUCUCUGUGGUCUUGCCCAUCUUGGGCCUCCUCAUCCUUCUUGGCAUUGGGCUCCUCUGCAAACAAAAAAAAUCUAGAGAGAAGCUGCUCUAUGAGCAAGUGAUGGAGGUAGAAAAUCUUCUGGAAGACCACGCCAAAGAAAAAGGAAGACUCCACAAAGCCCUCAAGAAACUCCGGAGUGAACUGAAGCUGAAAAGAGCCGCUGCCAAUGCAGGUGAGACGCCCUCUCCUGGGUUUGGCUCUGUCUCUGGGUGGCCUCCAUUUCUCCUCAGCUUUAGUAACUCCCUUCUUUGCCUUUCAGGCUGGAGGAGAGCCCGGCUGCAUUUUGUGGCAGUGACCCUGGAUCCUGACACAGCACAUCCCAAACUCGUCCUGUCUGAGGAUCGGAGAUGUGUGAGGCUCGGCAACAGGAAGCGGUCUGUUCCUGACAACCCAGAGAGGUUUGAUUUCGUAGUCAGCGUCCUGGGCUCCGAGUACUUCACAACUGGCUGUCACUACUGGGAAGUGUACGUGGGCGAGAAGACCAAAUGGAUUCUCGGGGUGUGUAGUGAGUCUGUGAGCAGGAAAGGGAAGGUCACCGCCUCGCCUGCCAAUGGCCACUGGCUUGUGCGACAGAGCCGUGGGAAUGAGUAUGAAGCCCUCACAUCCCCGCAGACCUCCUUCCGCCUCAAAGAGUCCCCAAAGUGCGUGGGGAUUUUCUUGGACUAUGAAGCCGGCGUCAUCUCCUUCUUCAACGUGACUGAUAAGUCUCACAUCUUUACUUUCACCCACACUUUCUCAAGCCCACUUCGCCCUUUCUUUGAGCCUUGUCUUCAUGAUGAGGGGAAAAACACGGCGCCUCUAAUCAUUUGUACUGAGCUUCAGAAAUCAGAGGAAUCGAUUGCCCCCAAACAAGAAGGGAAGGGCCGUGCUAAUGGAGACGUGUCCCUGAAGGUGAAUCCAUCCUUACUCUCCCCUCAGGGUUCUGAGUUUUUUCCACUUAACGAUGCCUGGCCCUCGAACCUUGGCCCUGCCCUGCAGGGACUCAAGGUUCCUUCUUUGUAGGGCUGUGCCCUGGGCUUCACUGUCAUGAGCAUCCGGCCUGGCACCCUGCACUCAGGCUCCUGACCCAGCACCUCAUCUCCUUGACCCCAAUCCAGAUCCUUCUGUGGUUUUUUUUUUUUUUUUUAAUUCCGUUUUUCUCCCAGGGCUCAGUUCUGAACUCUGCCUUUUUCUAGAGACUAGACAUUUCCGUUGCCCUGGUAGAUGACUUCUUGAAAUAAAUUGCACUGGAUCGAGGUUUAGGAGGAGACCUUGGAUGUAAUGCAGGAGGAUUCUGUGCUGCUCAGAGGAAAGAUUCCCUGAGGGAAACUUGGCACCGGCUUCUCGUUGUCAGCUUGCUCAGUGGGUCUUCCAUUGAGAAGUGACAGCCCCCAGAUCCCAAGGUCUUCCACCAGAGACCAUUUUCUUUCCCUCAGUCAGGACUCUAACUCCCCACACCAGCUUUUUACAAGUAUAUAUCUUGGGUCACAUAUCCUUCCUUCUUUGUUCAGGGUUAGAGACAGAGGGGUAAACCCUCCAUGGUUUUCUGUUUUCUUCAUGCUAUUUACAGCAGAGUUUGGAGACACCCAGAGCUGUUUCCAACAGCUAAUUUGAAAUCGACAUAUCCAGAACGCACGUGUUUUCAAAAAUUCUUACCCAUGACAUGACCAGAAACCAUAAUCCCAAGAAACCUCAACACAGGCUGGUAGGCACAGCUGUAACGGAAGCAAUCCAGCUGUGCAGCCCCGAGCAGACACGUCACUCCGCAAUCUGUGGCUAUCGGCCUUCUGAAAACUUCCUGACAUUCAGAGAGGCCCAGUGAGACAAAGUAGCAGGUCGAACCACUCAGAUAUACCCGCGACACCAUUGGUAGACCUGAAUGGUCUACAUAGUAAGCUCUAGGAUGGCCAGGGCUGUGUGGAGGAGCCCUGUCUCAAUGCCACCCACCCACAAUGAGAUAAGACAUCAUAAUUGAAAGAUUAUAAGGUAAGACAAUAAAAUAAUCAUUUCAGGGCUGGAAAGACAGCCCAUCAAUGAAGAGCUCAUUCUGCUCUUGCAGAGAACCUGGGUUUGUUUUCCAGUGAACGUAUUGUGCAGUUUACAACUACCCAAUAUUCAGAUAUUCAGAAUACUCUAGAUUCAGAGGAUGAGACUUUUCUAGCCUUCAAGGGUGCCUGUAACUCACUGCAUAUACUAUCUACACAUCAACACACCACACACACACACAUACAUACAUACAUACAUACAUACAUACAUACAUACAUACACACACACACUUUUUAAAUUAAAUAUUUAAAUAAUGAAUCCAAGUUUUGCAUGUGGAUUAGAGAAAGACGGCAAGGCAUUUUCAAUAUCCACAUAUGUGAUUGGUCUGUUUGCGGUGUUACUAACUACAGAUUUGCAGAUGGGAAGGCAGCUGGACU